GGUUCAGAAACCCAAGAACGGUAGUUGCACACUAGUGCAGACACACUACCCACCAGCAGAUCUCUCAGAAUCACUCUCGUCUCUCGCUAUAUAUUCAAAUGGCUCCAAGAAAUUCCCUCUCACCAAAUAACUUAAGACACUGAGAUAUAUCAUCAGAGCUGAGCUAUGAGCUUCUUGACAUCAUCCGCCUGGUGGAGAAGCCAUGUCAACUUGCGAACGCUGUACAUGUUGUUCCUGGGUCAGCUCCUCUCCUUCUUUCUCGCACUCAUGAGCUUCACUUCAUCUCUCAUAGCCAAUCUCGGUGUGGAUACGCCGAUUACACAGACCUUGUUCACUUACUUGCUUUUGGCUUUGGUUUAUGGAGGAAUCUUGCUGCAUAGGCGUGAGAAAUUACGGGUUUCUUGGUAUUGGUAUCUUCUCUUGGGGUUUGUGGAUGUUCAAGGGAACUAUCUUGUAAAUGAAGCAUAUCAGUUCUCAUCAAUAACUAGUGUGACAUUAUUGGACUGUUUUACAAUCGCUUGGGUGCUAAUUCUCACAUGGAUCUUCCUCGGCACUCGAUAUUCCAUAUGGCAAUUGUUUGGUGCAGCCCUCUGUGUGGUUGGGCUUGGCAUAGUGCUCCUCUCUGAUGCAGGGGUAGCUGGUGGAGGUGGUUCACAACCUCUUCUUGGAGAUGUCCUGGUCAUAGCAGGAACAAUUUUCUUUGCACUGAGCAAUGUUGGUGAGGAGUUUUGUGUGAAGAAAAGAGAUCGUAUUGAAGUAGUAUGCAUGAUUGGUGUAUUUGGAUUUCUAGUGAGUGUGUGUCAGAUAUCCAUUCUGGAAUUAAAGAGUUUGGAAUCAGUGGAGUGGUCUACAGAUCUUAUAUUGGCCUUUGUUGGCUAUGGAUUGGCAGGCUUUAUGCUGUACACACUUGGUCCAUUCGUUCUUCAGAUGAGUGGAGCCACAUUGUUCAAUCUCUCUAUUCUCACAUCUGAUAUGUGGGCUGUGGUUGUUCGCAUCUUUAUCUACCACCAGGAGGUAGACUGGUUAUACUAUUUAUCAUUUGCAAUUGUAGUUAUCGGACUCAUCAUUUAUUCAGUAACGGAAAAGGAACCUGAUCCUGUAACUUCACCUGAGGAUGGAAACCCCAGCUACCAAAUUCUUGAAGAUGAAAGUGCUACAUCUAGAAAUGAGUCUUUGGCCUCAUGAGGAGCGUAGAAGCAGUGGUCAGGAUUUUUUUAUCAAAGUCCCAUUUAGUACUGGAUUCCUGAUAUGAAUUUCAUCUCCGGCGCAGAUUGGCUUUCGAGUUUACCGACAGAAAUAAGAAUUAAGUGGCCUUUGAUUUCUAUAUAUUUAUGAACAUUCAUAACAAGCUUUACUUUAAACGAUGUUAAACGAUGUCAAAUUCAAGAGUGAACAAGAAUAGGGUUGUAAGUGAGAAUCUGCAACCCGUGCUAUGGCAUCAACUGUAGGUAGGUAUUGAGAAUACUAGCUAAUUCUGCAAAAUAUUAAUAUUUUAGGGAUGGAAAUACUGAGAUAUGUAGAGCCAGUCUUGAAUCAAUGUCUCGCAUGUUGUUUUAGUUAUGUGAGAACUUAGAACUUUAGUUGUAAUGCCAGUCUUCUGCAUUUGUAACAUUGCUGAAUUUAAAUAGUCGCGUAGUCCUGCAAAAAGGGAUGAAAUUUUAUUUCAA